CCUUUGUGCCUUAAUUGAUCACUUGUCCAAAAAUACUCAGGCUUAUCCCAAAUUGUAAAUAUUCUCUUGGCUCUUUUUUGUCUCAUAGACACAAUGCCAGUAGUACUGAGUAGGAUUUGAUAAUCUCCUCUAAUGACCCACACCUGUGUUCCAUUCAGCACAGCUGCUGCUCAUCAGCAAUCAUCUUAACAGCCUGCAAAAAGAGUAGGAGGACAGACAAAGGUGAGCAUCUGUGAAGCCAGGGCAGCUCCGACUUGCAUACCUCUUUUGUUUUUCUGCAGAAUUGUCCCCGGAGGACGUAUAAAGACCACCAAGGGUGCCUGGGCUCAACCUUAGAGAUAGGGUGAUCCGACAUCCAGAGGGAGCUCGGAGUAGAGCCACUGCUCCAUCACAUCAAAAAGAGCCAGCUGAGGUGGUUUGGACAUCUGAUGAGAAUGCCUCCUGGAUGCCUCCCUUUGAAGAUGUUCCAGGCAUGUCCAACUUAUAGGAAACCCACAACACGCUUCAGGGAUCUCAUCUAGCCUGGAAAUGCCUUGGAGUCCCCCAGGAGAAUCUCCUGCCCUGCCUCAUGGGACAUAACCAGGACAUCAGUCAAUGAUGGACAGGUGAAGCAACGGGAGACGCAUCGGCAGAGACGUGAAGACAGGAGAUCAGAGAGCAGUAAGAAGAGCACGUGAACAUGAAAGGCAUGUACUUGUAACAGGAAAAUCCUGGAGUGGUGGAGCAAAAAAGAGUGCAUCUCCAGAGCUACAGUUGUUUCUGCAGGGUCUCACAUCAAACACCCUCAUGUUGAGUUUCCCACCACAGCUAAUUGUCCGCAAGGGGAAUGUUUUCUACAUCCUGUACGUGGUUGGAGGACUUCUGAUGACAGUGACGGCUGGUAGUUGGUGUGUGGAUGCGGCACAGCACCCUGCUAACCUGCUGCGCCUGUCAAACACACUCAUCAGGCUCAUGGGCCACAGACAUCAAAAACAUGUUGCUAAGUCCAUAGCGAAACGAAAACUGAAAAGGCUGUACUUCACUGAGAGUCUUAAAAGUCUCUUUGAUAUGACAACAACACAGCAAGGAUCUCAUAUUUUUAUGAGAUUAUUGCAGUUUCCUGAGGCCCCCGAGAAGAAAACUCUCCUAGAGUCUGCUAACUGCAUCUCAUCAAAAAGGUGCAGGAUUUAUUACAUCCUCCUUUCCAGUGCGAGCUGGCAACACAUUCUGACGCUUUGCAUGAGAGGCGAUGGCGGCGAGCUGAAAACCUACAAUCCUUCCAAUCGGCUACAGUGGCUGGUCGGCUUCAGCGGCGAGGCACAGGCACGAGGAGAUGUGAUUUUACUGCUAGUGAGCAGACAAACUGGACAAAUCAGCUCUGGAUCAGACUCAAGUGAUGCUACAAAUGAGCGUUACCCUACAUAUUUGACCCUGGGGUUGUCUGCGCUGUCUGUAAUCCUGUUUUGGAUGUUUCUGCCCCCUAUUGCAGUUUGCUCUGUGAUCUGUUUGGGCUGGAAGCUGCAGCAACACAUACAUUGAGUACAUUUAAAUUUGAGCCAACUUAUUACUUACUUAUUACCAAUCGAACAGUUUGACUUUUUUAGUUCCAUUGGGGAGUCAGUAACUGUCUUGAGGACAAUAAAUGCUGGAUGGCUUACAAACUUCUCCAGCUGAAUGACAAUAAAUCUUUCUAAAAUGA